AUGAUAAAGCCCCAGGCAUUGGCUAAGCAUAUUGAGAAUCGCCAUCUUCCUCCAUCAUUAAUGGAUGAUGGAAUAAUUCAAGUCUCUGAUCCAAUGUUCGUUUCUCUAGCCGAUAACAAAGCCAAUGGAAGCUCUCAAAUUAUUCCACCAAUUGAACCAAGAAAAACUCAUAACGCUUAUUCCAAAUCUAAAGGAAUAGCAACGAAAGAAGCGAUUUCACCACCGAUUAACAAUACUAAAUUACCUGACCAUGCAUUUGAAAAGCCUAAUGGAAUCCCUUCUAAUAAUAUCAUUUCCAUCUCCACUUAUAAUUCCCCAAUACGGAAUGCUAGUGAAGAGAACCAAAACAUGGAAAAUCAUCCAAACUAG